UGUGCACAUUCGCUUAAAAACCUCUGGAUAAUGAACUAACCAGACAUGUUCGAAAAAAGUAACCAGACAUGUUAGAAAAUAGUAACCAGACAUGUUAGAAAUUGCUGGUCUUCAUGCAAACCCAUCAGCGUCCUUCCCUCCAUCUAACCACCAUUUCCAAACCCUAAGAACACAACACCAUAUCAUACACUUGCUUCAAUCAUGCACAACCCACAACCAACUCAAACAAAUCCAUGCCCAAACCCUGAAAUCCCAACUCCAAGCCCACAAUCCCAUCGCCAGGAAACUCAUCGAAUUAUACACCACAUUCGAGAACCCCCACUAUGCAUAUACAACCCUAACCCAAGUCCAAAAUCCUAAUGCCUCUGUCUACAACGCUCUCAUCAAAGCACACACAAGCCAUGGCGCACAUCUCCUGGCCCUCAUACUAUACACACAUAUGCUCUCUCAUGGUACACAACCUGACCCUUUCUCAUUUCCCAUAGUCCUCAAGGCCUGUGCAAACCUUGAAGCACGAGAAUUGGGCCAACAAAUACACGCUCAAACCCUAAAAUUUUGUGUAAUUGUAGACCCAUUUGUGUCCAACUCUUUGAUUCUCAUGUAUUCAAAAUUUGGUCUCCGGGACUGCGCACGCAAAGUGUUCGAUGAAGUGCCCACAAGAAACGUGGUCAUGUGGACUACGAUGAUCGAUGUGUACACCAGAGCUGGUCUCAUGGAUGAGGCAGCCGAGUUUUUCGAGAAAAUGCCGGAGAGAAAUGUCUUUACGUGGACGGCCAUGAUUUCGGGUCAUUUACGAAAUGGAUCCCCAAUGCUUGCCUUGGGGAUUUUUAGGGCAAUGCAAGCUUGUGGGGUCCACCCUGAUGAGGUGGCAGUCUUGGGUGCGAUCUCCGCUUGUGCGAGGCUUGGUGGUCUUGGGAUCGGAAAAUGGGCCCAUGUGUAUGUGAAGGCCCAUGGACUUGACAUAAACAAGGUCUCUUUGGCUAAUGGGCUCAUGGAUAUGUAUGUAAAAUGUGGGUCUUUAGCAGAUGCUCUUGAAGUUUUCAAUGAGAUGCCAAAGAGAAGUGUGGUCUCUUAUAACACUAUGGUAUGUGGUCUGGCCAUGCAUGGAAAGGGAAAGGAGGCCAUAGAGUUAUUUGAGAACAUGCAAAAGGAUGGUUUUAAACCAAAUGAAGUGACUUUAGCUGGGGUUUUAAGUGCUUGUGCUCAUAGUGGAUUAGUAGAUGAAGGUCUCAAUAUUUUCAGAUCAAUUGAGGAGAAGUAUGGUUUUUGCCCUAAUAUUAGACACUAUGGUUGCAUGGUGGACUUGUUGGGGAGAGCUGGUCAGCUCAAAGAGUCCCAUAACCUUAUAAAGAGCAUGCCCUUUGAGCCUAAUGAAGUUAUAUGGGGGGCUUUACUGUCAGCUUCUAAAAUGCAUGGGAACCUUGAGCUCGCAGAGUAUGCAUUAGUAAGGGUUAUUGAAUUGGGACCGGAGGGUGCGGGAUAUUAUGCGUUGUUGUCGAAUGCUUAUGCGGGUCUAGGGAGGUGGCAUGAUUCCGGUAGGGUGAGAGCCAUUAUGAAGGCUAAUGGUGUCAGUAAAACUCCUGGAAGGAGUUGGAUUGAGGCGAAUAAUAACGUUCAUGAGUUUGUUUCGGGGGAUAAAUCGCAUCCACAGAGUAAGGAGAUCCAUGAAAUGUUGGAUUUGUUAGAUGACUCUUUGAGGUUGGAGGGAUAUGUGCCUGGGUUCUUUGGCACUGGCGAUUAUGGGUAGCAAUUAAACAUGUAUGGAAUGCAAAUGGGUUUAGGCCUACUGGAUCAGUUACAUGGCUAAUGUUUGAAGCCUAGCGUACUCACACGACAUUCCAAGUUCUUUGCUGGUGAGAAAACUAAUUAUUUUGGAUUAAUUCAAAAGUGUGCACUUGGGCUUCGACGCACUAGGAUCCCGACACUCGAGCUUAGAUGCACUGGGGUCCCAAUCCCGAGUUAAUAAAGACUAGUGGCCAUCUGUCGAUUUUAUGAUUGAACAACACCUCCAUCACCCUAGGCACAGGAGAAUAAACCGAUUUUCUGAAGACUGCUACAAGCUUCCUCAUGGUCCCAAUCCGGGUCAACCCCAGAGAUUCCUGGGUCAACCCAAUUAGUUGUUAACGGUUGUGCUAGAACGUGUAAGAAUAGAAAUUAGAAAGGUAUAUUCGAGUUCUGAGAGUCCAA